CAGCACACAAAAACCCUAAUCUCUCUCAGAGCGACUUCGCAUUCCACUUUCAGCAGAAAUGGGUGAGGAGGUGAAAGCAAUUAUUCCCGAGUCUGUGCUUAAAAAGCAGAAGAGGGAGGAGGAAUGGGCCUUGAAGAAAAAGGAGGAGCUUAAUGCUGCAAAGAAGAAGAGAGCAGAGAGCCGAAAGCUCAUUUACAGCAGGGCAAAGCAAUAUGCAAAGGAAUACCAGGAGCAGGAAAAGGAGCUGAUCCAAUUGAAGCGGGAAGCAAAGCUGAAAGGUGGAUUCUAUGUUGAUCCAGAGGCUAAGCUCCUGUUUAUCAUCCGCAUCCGUGGUAUCAAUGCCAUGGAUCCCAAGUCAAGAAAGAUCUUGCAGUUGUUGAGGUUGAGACAGAUCUUCAAUGGUGUGUUCUUAAAAGUCAACAAGGCCACAGUGAACAUGCUUCACAGGGUUGAGCCAUAUGUGACCUAUGGAUACCCAAAUCUGAAAAGUGUAAAAGAGCUUAUUUACAAGAGGGGCUUUGGUAAGUUGAACAAGCAGAGAAUUGCCCUGACCGACAACUCAAUCAUUGAGAAGGCACUGGGCCAACAUGGAAUCAUCUGCAUUGAAGAUCUUAUCCAUGAGAUCAUAACAGUUGGACCCCAUUUCAAGGAAGCAAACAACUUCCUUUGGCCAUUUAAGCUCAAGGCUCCAUUGGGUGGCUUGAAGAAGAAGAGGAACCACUAUGUUGAAGGAGGAGAUGCCGGAAACAGGGAGAACUACAUCAAUGAGCUUAUCAGGAGAAUGAAUUAGGCUGUGGGAUUCUGUUCCAAGCAUAGUGGAUUCAGUCUUUAUUGGUUUUUUUAGAUCAAGGUUUAUUUUGGAAGUAGUACAUUUCUGACAUUGAUAAAAUCUUAAGGUUUAUUUUGUUUUUCUUUUUACAAAACA